AUGGAUUCUCUGCCGAUGUCUGGAGCCUCGGCGUGCUGCUCUAUGUCAUGCUCGCAGGCUACCUGCCAUUCUACGGGGAGUCCCUCCGCCACAUCUUCCUCACCAUCUGCUCGUCCGACCCCGACUUGGCCUCACCGCCCUGGCCCUCGCUCUCCCUGGCCUGCAAGCACCUGCUGCGCUCCAUGCUCCACCGCGAUCCCCUGCGCCGCCCCUCUGCUCGCCAGCUCCUCUCCCACCCCUGGUUCUCCUGCGCUCUCCUCCCUCUUUCUCCCCCGUCGCUGCCCCGCUGCCUCUCCCCGUUCUCCUCGCCGUCUUCCUAUUCCCGCCUCUCCCCACAUUCAUCUCGCUCCUCUCGCCCCUCGCUCGCCCCGCUUUCGCUGCUCUCGCCCCUCUCGCGCUAUUCAAUGUCCAUGA